CUUCACGACAAUUCGUCUCGUUUACGACCGUUGUGCCAUGUUCCCCAUGUUCCCCAGCCCUGCCGCAUGCAUGCAUGCAUAUCUUGUCGUCAAGGACGUCGUACUGAAACUGAAACCGCAUUUGCAUGCCCCAUCCCAUCUUCUUUUCAUCUGCCUAUGUUAUGCCAACAGAUUCCCCAUCUAUCUAUAUUGUCCUUGUCUCUGUCGCUCAACAUCAGUGGGAUAGACGUUUUCCACUGCAGACCUGACUUCAAAAAUGUUGGUGCCAUUCGGCGGCAUCGGUGCCGAAAGGGGGAGAGCGGGUGAAGAAAAGGGGUGCAGCACGCGACCUCUUCUCCCACUUCUCAUUCCCAUCUAUAACAUCAGCAGAACUCGAACAACGACAAGAGCAUUGCCCUCUCACUCCACGCCGCAUCCCUCUCUCCCUCUCAUCUCCCUCCUCCGAACUUUCUCCCAUCCUUCCAGAACCCAACUCCCGUUUUUCCACACUCUCACCCCGUUCCCCUCCCCUGCCCCUACCCUACCCUUAACAGUCCCCCCUAUAACCACCCAUCCUGCCUCUCUCGUAAUAAAAUCAUCCAACUCGCCCUCCAUCUCGAUGCCCGCCCCAUAUGCUCUUCGUCGCCAUCUUCAACCACCCUCACGCUCACAUGCUCACAGUUUCAUCCAUCCCACCCUUCCCAACCUCGGUCCCUUUUCCCUUCCACCUUUCCCAGCUCAGGUAAGCCAUUUUACUAGUUACCUAAUUCGCAAUAGCGGCGCCGCCAUCAGGUGCGGGAUCGGAAAGCGGAAUCGACCGAUGCGAGUUUGCCAAACGACUUUCCUGAUGCCCAUCCAUGCCCAGGUGAAUACAAUGCAUGAAGUCUCCCUCCAAGGGGCAUGAACACUCGCAACGAGUCGAGCAUCCAAACCACGACAUAGUUUCGGUGGGAUACAUACCUAUCUCGUAUCUCGCUCACUCCCUCACAUCACUCUCCCAAACACCACACUAUUUCUUUUCCUUUUCAAGUCCAUCCCUCAAGAACCGUUUCUUACUUCACCAACGAUGGAUGGUAUC